AUGUCAAUAUCUGCGUUGCCGCCAUCUUCAGCACACCUCCUACGGUCCUCAUCUUCGCUUCCAGACCCUCUCUCCAUGGUCAAGGAACUUGUUGAUAAUAGUAUUGACGCGGGUGCUACAUCUAUCGAAAUCACGGUUGCUCCCAACACCGUCGACAAAGUUCAAGUCCGGGACAAUGGUUGUGGGAUACAGGUGGACGAUUUCAAGUCAUUGGGCCGUCGGUCUCAUACGAGCAAGCUCCAAAACUUCGACGAACUUCAUUUGAAAGGUGGCGAGACGCUUGGUUUUCGUGGUGAGGCUCUUGCUAGUGCCAACUAUCUGGCUACGAUCAAAAUCACAACUCGAACAGCGCAGGAUCCCAUUGCAUCACUGCUCCUCUUAAACACAAAAUCAGGCGGGAUUAGCAGACAACAGCCUGUUUCCGCUCCUGUCGGAACAACUGUCCAAGCUUUGAAUUUGUUUCAAAACCUUCCUGCUCGGAAACAAAAUGCUAUCAAAGUGAGCCGAAAGACCCUGGCAGAUAUCAGACGGCUCCUAGAGAGUUAUGCGAUCGCACUUCCACACAUCAGACUAUCAUUCAAAGUGCCUGGUAGCUCAAUUCAGCCGUGGGUUUACACGCCAUGCUCAGCACCAAGCACCCGAGAGGCAAUCACACAAGUAUUUAGUCACACUCUAACAACUCAGCUCGUGGCGGUGUCAUCAGACUCUCACGCUGGAGGAACUUCGACCGAAUUACAGUCCAAAAAAUUGAGAAUUGUAGCCUCCUUACCCAAGCCUGACUCCGAUGCCAAUAUCAUCAAGGGGAAGGGAGCUUUCAUCUCGGUCGACUCACGACCCAUUUCAUCGUCCAGAAGCACGGGAAAGAAGCUAGUUUCUAUUUUCAGAUCGAGUAUUUCCACGGUUUUAAACUCACUCGAGAAAUCGCGAGCACCCUCCAACGCAUUUAUGCAACUUAGCAUUCAGUGUUCACCUGGAUCGUACGACCCCAAUGUGUCGCCCUCGAAAGAUGAACUUCUUUUCGUGGACGAACGAGCCGUCCUUAGUUGCUUCCAGAAUCUGUGUGAUUCUGUUUACACCAAGAAGGCUUUGGGUGACAAAGAACCUCAACACAAGCCGAUGGCGUUGGAGAAUAGCCUAUCACCUCUGCCGUGGGCUUCGAAGACGAUUGAGCCAAGGCUGAGAGACGAAGCACGUGUCGAUGGCAUAGAAGAUGAUCUCUUGUUGACCGACCAAGAACUUGUCGGCUCUUUGAACGAUGAGCCUGGGAGAGUUCUUGUCGGUACUGACGUAUCUGGAAGUGGCGAGGGGACUUCUCCCGGCGCUUUUACUGUUCUCGCUUCCCCCAAGAAAGACUCACGAUCUGGAAACCUGGACAGGACGAGGGGUCUUAAGAAAGCCCCAGAAGUUCGGGAGAUGAUGAGGACACGAUUAACAGUCAAUCUUUCACGGAGAGAAACCGCUUCGACCGACCUGGACGGCACAGAAGGACUAAUUCCUGUGCAUAUAACACCUCGACGAGCUGCCACUCCUCUUGUCCGAGAUGAAUUGCAAUCUAGCUCUCGGCGUCGAGGAUUAGCUCCAAACCAUCGUUUCGGCAACAUCGAUGACUACUUUCGCCCAUCAAGGGAUGAGCCGAUCGAAAUCGCAACAGAUGAGACUGCCACACCUGAAAUUCCUCAUACAAGGAGCUAUUUGACGAGUGUCUCUCAUCAUCGACGCCUUCCGCUGAAGGAACUGUCAGAAUCACUCCUCAACCUGUUUCGUGAAUACGAGGAAGAAGAAUACGAAGACGAAAGUGAUAACGAGUCCUCAUCCGACCUCCCAUUUGCUGCGCCAAAUGCCGUUCCGUCUCCUCACACAUCUCCACGUCGUAGGGUUUCUUCUUUCUUAAGCCAGCCUUUCAGGCCUCUCUUGGGGCAGCAGUCAAUUCGCAAUUCAAUGCCAGACUUGCAAUUAACACUGCCGGCAAAUCUACAAACACCGCCAUCAUCAGACCCUACUGGUGUCGAUAACUCAACUCGUCGUGAUCGACAAUCCACCAACAGUAUCUUGGCCAGAGCCCAGAGGUCUUCUCGGGGUAGUCUGAUACCGUCAGUCAACAGACGAAGUGGUGAUGAGUUGAGACAAAGCCGCUUGCUCCCUGGAAGUGGUCCCACAGCAUCCCAAGGCACACGUCGGUCGGACCAAGUUUGGUAUGGCAAUGGACUACUUAACCGCAGAAAUGCGCCGAUGAGCAACAGCCGUGACGACUCGGACGCACAUCUUAAGGAAAUAUCGCACAUCAGUCAUGCGAACUCUGAGGACCAGGAAGGCUAG